CGCUGCGCCCGCGAGGGGCCAGUUGGCAGUUGGGAGCCGGGACGCCCCGGAGGCGGCGGCGGCGGCCGGGAGGGAGCGGAGCGGUGGCGGCAGCCGUGCGGGGAGCGGGACGUUCGGCGGGUGAUCUCUCUACUCCUUGCUGUUGAAUCAUGGGGGAAAUUGAAGGAACUUAUAGAGUCCUGGAGACUCCAGGAAGCCGACUGGGGGACCUGAAUCACACUGGGGUCAGCACCCUGGAGCCAGGGCAAAGCCUGUCCUCAGCCAUGGCGAAGACGUCUGCCAAACUGCAAGAGAAGGACCUUGCUAUCAAAGUCAAGUUGCUGGACAAUGCGAUUGAGAUACUCCAUGUGGAGCCCAAAUGCUAUGGCCAGAUACUGUUGACAGAGGUGUUUAAGCAUUUAAAUUUGAUUGAAUCAGAUUACUUUGGACUAGAAUUCCAGAAUGUCCAGUCUUAUUGGAUUUGGCUUGAACCAAUGAAACCUAUCGUCAAACAAGUACGAAGACCAAAGAACACAAUGCUUCGGCUAGCUGUCAAAUUUUUCCCGCCUGACCCUGGACAGUUGCAAGAAGAGUACACAAGAUAUUUGUUUGCCUUGCAAAUCAAGAGAGACUUGGUGGAGGAACGACUGCCCUGCAGUGACAACACAGCUGCUCUCCUCACUUCUCAUCUCUUGCAGUCUGAGAUAGGGGAUUAUGAAGAAACUGCAGACCGAGAACAUCUUCAGAUAAGUCAAUAUGUGCCAAAUCAAGAACAUAUUCAAGAGAAGAUAAUAGAAUACCAUCGAAAACACAUGGGCCAAACACCUGCUGAGUCAGAUUUCCAGGUACUUGAAAUUGCUAGGAAGUUAGAGAUGUACGGAAUCAAGUUUCACCUGGCCUCUGAUCGAGAGGGGACCAAAAUUCACCUUGCUGUUUCUCACAUGGGCGUACUUGUAUUCCAGGGGAACACCAAAAUUAACACCUUCAAUUGGUCAAAAGUCCGUAAACUGAGUUUUAAGAGGAAAAGAUUUCUUAUUAAACUUCACCCAGAAGUUCACGGCCCAUAUCAGGAUACGUUGGAAUUUCUCUUGGGCAGUCGAGAUGAGUGUAAGAACUUCUGGAAGAUUUGUGUAGAAUAUCACACCUUUUUCAGACUUUUUGAUCAGCCCAAGCCAAAAGCUAAAGCUGUCUUCUUCAGCCGAGGGUCUUCAUUCAGAUACAGUGGGAGAACCCAAAAACAACUGGUGGACUAUGUUAAAGACAGUGGGAUCAAGAAAAUGCCCUAUGAAAGAAGGCACAGCAAGGCUAGAAUCACUGCUCGAGCUUUGCAUAAAGAUUUGCCAAAGCAGAGCAUCUCAUUUACCGAGGGCUUGAGACUUCCUGGUUCACCGAGUUCUACAAAUGCCUCCUUUUAUUCAGUCCCUACCUCUCCUGUGACCCCCGCGGACCUGUCCGUUUGCGUGGACAGCAACAGUUCCUUCCUGGCCUCCAAGGCACCCUCUGUGAAGAGCCCCGUAGCAGAAAAGAGCAGCAUCACAUCAGUUGAAGAAGCUGACAAGAACAUGGUCCAACCGCACGGCUCUCCAAUACUCCAGUCAUUUCAAGGCCUCUCGGAGGACAGCUCUCUGCUUUCUCCCUUCACGUUGAAGAGUUCACUGAGUUUGAACCCAACAUUUCAGGUGUCUCUGAGCCCAACUGGACAGGGUUCAUCCCCUCUCCUAAGCCCUGUCCUAGGUGAUGCUGGUUGUGUCAGAGUUGAAGAUGAGGAGGAAACAAAACACCAGCGUACCCCAACAGAUAAUGCAUAUUUUAUAGCCAAGGAGAUUCUUGCUACUGAACGAACAUACUUGAAGGAUUUAGAAGUCAUUACCGUGUGGUUCCGCAGCGCAGUCAUCAAGGAGGAGGCCAUGCCAGGGACGCUGAUGACGUUGCUGUUCUCCAACAUCGACCCUAUCUAUGAGUUCCACAGAGGAUUCCUGAAAGAGAUUGAACAGCGACUGGCCCUCUGGGAAGGAGCCUCCAGUGCCCAUGAGAAGGGUGAUCUCCAGCGCAUUGGCGACAUCAUGCUUAAGAACAUGCACCAUCUGAAGGAGUUUACCAGCUAUCUUCAGAAACAUGACCAAGUUCUUACAGAAUUGGAAAAGGCUACCAGAUGCCUCAAGAAGCUGGAGAUGGUGUAUAAGGAAUUUGAACUUCAGAAAGUGUGCUAUUUGCCUCUUAACACUUUCCUUCUCAAGCCCAUUCAGAGACUGAUUUACUACAAGCUGGUCCUGGGGCGGUUAUGCAGACACUACCUGCCGGGCCACCCAGACUAUCCAGACUGCAAGAGGGCGCUCCAUGAGAUCUCAGAGAUGACGUCACGGCUGCAGAGCAGCCUCCUCCGCUUGGAGAAUUUUCAGAAACUCACAGAGCUUCAGCAUGACUUGGUCGGCAUCGACAACCUCGUCAUCCCAGGCAGGGAAUUUAUCCGAGAAGGCUGUCUGUACAAGCUUACCAAGAAGGGCUUCCAACAAAGAAUGUUCUUUUUGUUCUCAGACAUGCUGCUGUACACGAGCAAGGGAGUGACGGGGACCAACCACUUCAAGAUCCACGGUCAGCUGCCUCUGCACGGCAUGCUGGUGGAAGAGAGUGACAGCGAAUGGUCCGUGCCCCACUGCUUCACCAUUUACUCCGUCCCAAAGACGGUGGUUGUAAGGAUCAACACUCGGCUAGAAAUGGGCAAAUGGAUGAAUGAUUUAAGCCUGGCCAUUGAGGUGGCCAAGUCCGGGGACAAGCCCUUCGUGCUCCUGGACACCGGUGGACCCUCUGGCGAGGUCUUUCUAGAACAGGAAUCAGAAGAGGAUGCUCACUCCUCCCAUAGCUCCCUGGACAGGCAGAAUCACCACCGGGCCAACACCACCAUGCACGUGUGCUGGUACCGCAACACCAGCGUCUCCAUGACUGACCACAGUGUGGCUGUUGAGAACCAGCUCUCAGGAUACCUGCUGAGGAAGUUCAAGAACAGCAGCGGCUGGCAGAAGCUCUGGGUGGUCUUCACCAAUUUCUGCCUGUUUUUCUACAAAACUCACCAGGACGAUUACCCGCUGGCCAGUCUUCCCCUGCUGGGCUACACGGUCAGCAUCCCCGGGCAGGCAGAUGGCUUUCACAAGGAUUUUGUCUUUAAGCUUCAGUUCAAAUCUCACGUCUACUUCUUCAGGGCUGAAAGCAAAUACACAUUUGAGAGGUGGAUGGAAGUGAUCAAGAGAGCCACCAAUUCUCCUGGGAGAAGUAGCCUGGUGAUGGCCAGUGAUGACAAAGACGUCCACAGCAACUGACGGGAGGCGCCCGAGGUCCCAUGUGGAGGCUGGAGCUGGACAUUAUUAAUAAGGGGGGAAAGGGAAAAGGGCUGGGUGCUGGAAGAGGAGUCAUGGGAGAGGGGACUGGGACCAGAGCCGGGGCCUGGGGAAGGGAGGAGCCAGGCCCAGCUGAGUGAAGAGACUUGUCCACAGUCACCCAGACAGCAUCUCAAACCUAUACUCUGACUCCACCUCCCCUCGUUGUAGGGCACGUGAUUCUGGGUUUCAGGGCCAAGGUAUUUUCCCCAGACUUCCCCUAUCCUCGUAGGAAGUCUGGGUCACACAGGGACAAGAAAGCAACGCUCAGGGUAUUUGGAAAGUCAAGCAUGGGGGCCCUGGCCCUUGAAGUUCCUCGCACCUUUUUGCUGCUCCCUGAGCACAACAGGCUUGGGCACCUAGGGCAGAUGUGCCAGGGACAGCAUCCCUCCAUCUUCACACAGGCUGGAAGAGCCCCCAAGAGAGUGCUUGGUAGGGUUGGUGGAGCUUUAGCGUAUGUCGAUGUGGGGAAAGGAUGUUGGAUGGACCAGGCUUGGCCUGGAAGCUGCUUUUGAAGGUGUCCUCGAUUUCAGUUUCCUUGUGUUUGAAAUGGAGUGAAUCGUACCUGCCACCUCCUUCUGAGGUUUGGGGUGAGGAUUAAGGAAAGGACAGUGUUGCGCAUUUUUGGACAGGUGCUAGCUUGAUACAGGUCUGGCCAAAAAUUACACAUCACCCGACCCCGGGGCCAAGUGUGUGCCCAUGGGGAUGUCGUCAUUUCAUUCAUGCUUGGGCAAGGGCACCUGGGAGCCCUUCGGCAGAGCCUGAACGGCCUGAAGCAGCUUCAAAGGCAAGGCCCCACCCCCAGGGUGGAGGGAGGGAGCCUGAUCCUGGGGCUGCAGCAUCGGUGGAGGAGGUCCGUGGGAGGGUGGGCCUAAGGCAAGAGGGGCAGGAUGGGUGUGGGGGGAGCACCGUGAGGGCCCCAGCUCAUAGAGGCACUCUUGGAAUUCCUCCUUCAUUGGACACCUUUCCAUCCCUCUUAUGGGAAGCCAAAUGUCAAAAGCUUCAUGUUUUGUUACCGCAGCGUCCUAACGACAGAACAUCUGUUACGAGCAAAAUGUUUUUUAAUUUAUUGGUGAGUGCCCUAACGUGUUUCAUAAAUUGGUUUGAGAUGUACAGCUCUGUAUUUGCUAGACAGACUUUGCUAAUGUGUGUAAAUAUAGUUAGAAAUAAACGCCAACUCACCGCAAA